UCAAAGUAAACACACCAUAAACUGAUAAGACUUCCUUCUACCCCAAUAUAACGUGUUUAAACUGUUUGACAUGGUCUGCAGUUCAAUGCAGAGGGCGUCCCCAUCAAACAAAUGUAAGUCAUCUGGGCUUAUACACGGAUAGACAAUAAGGUUUGAAUUCCUCGGCAUAAAAGGGCAUUGAUUGAACAGGGAAAAACUCGUCAAGUGUAAAACACUUAUUGUGAUCAGCUGACCUAAGGAGGAAGGAACACUCUUAUAUAUUGAGUAAAAGUGAUAUAAACGUAAAAUGUCGUCCGUAGACAAAUUGAUACCCUUGCUGAGGAAGCGUUUGGCGUCCAAAGUGAUGUACCCUUUCUACAUCUCGGUAGCCUGCUAUUUCUAUCUGUUCCAGCCUCUUUUUCGCUUUCCGCCACAAACCUGGACAGCAGCUCUAGCAAAAGCACUUCCAGUCUGGGUGUUAAUAGUAUACGUGCGGCUUUCUUCGCGUGAAAAAUUGAGAUACAUCAUUCCCAAGAGUUACGACCACCAGAACAUGAUAACGGGUCUGCUUUUCUAUAGCAUCGGAGACGUCUUCUUCAUCUUUGACACCGAUCUUAUGGAAGAUGGGAUGCUGUGUUUCACGAUUGCCCAGUUUUAUUUCUCCCUCGUCGUUCAACAGGAAAUGACGGACAGCCGAGUGAAAUACGUUUUUAUGUUUUUCGGACUAGUGUCGUUUUCUUUCGUCAUGAACUCCAUCGAUGACGGCAUUAUGGACGUGUUCGUGCUGUUUCACUUACUACUCAUAUACAACGUUGGGUGGCGCUCUACGUGUCGUCUGCGAAAAGAGGGACUGUACUUUUCUACCUUGAUGCCUUGUCUGGGAAGUUUGCUUUUCAUUGCCUCUGACACUAUCCAGGCUGCUAAUAAGUGGAGAUGGAAGAUCGCGUUUAUUGACUUUUGGGGAACUUUGUUUGAUUACACGGCAUUGCUGUGUUAUGCAAUUAUGAUGGGCACAACUAAGACAGAUCUACAUAUUGAAAGAAAAUUCUUAAAAUUUUACAUAGGUAAAUGAAGCUGUUAAUGACUCACAACGAAGUUCACUGAAAUAGAAAAAAACGUACAGUAAGCAAAAAAAGACAGCUAAGUGAACAUAUAGUUCCCCCUAAAGCAACAAACUGUUAAAGUGAUUGAUAUUAUGUUCUCAUUAACAUUGCUUUAAAUGUGAUAAAAUGAUACUUAAAGUCUAAAACUACGCUUUCUGCAAUAUAAGAUUUCAAUUUUAUAUUGUUUUUUUGUGUUAAUUGAAUAUAGCUUAGUUGUAACUAAACAAACUCAUAGUAUUUGGACAAAAAAAUCUCACGUCACCGAAUAACGCGUACGGACGUCCAACUGAUGACAUUUUUUUUCAACCCACUUUUCCUCGCUUGCAUUCGUUUCUUGUCCUUUUCUUAGUUGACAAAAAUAUGCGUUAGAUUACCCGAGGGGUGGAAGGAGGGGUUAGAGCUCACGCCAAAUCUGUGUGCUUCUUUCUCUGCUUCUUUUCUCUGCUUCCUUUUUUUCGGUACAGUCGGACUACCGGCACAGAAAAAGGAUAAACAGGACUUGUGCUUACCUAGCAAAUAUGACCGGUACAGACCAAUAAAUCUACUGUUCGAAAAACUGUUCUGUCAAUUUCUUGUGUAUCACAUAUUCAGAUUAACACCAUUUUUUAAAAACCGUUUUAAUGUUGUAUCCAGUUGCCUCAUGGAUUGCGUCCAGUAUGUGUAAUGUCUCUUAUACAUGUAUUGAUAAUGUCCGACUGAUGUUUUAUAAAUCUUGUCUGCGUGUAUAA